CGUAUUCCUGGGUGACACCCACCAGAUAGCUGUCUAGCCCUGAUGUAAAUCUAUGUAUCGUCGGCCCAUUAGGAACACUCAGCUCUCAUAAUGGGCCAUUGAAGAAACUCAUCUCACUCAGUAAGUCUGCCUGCAGAUGCCUCAGACAGCAAGGAGCCAAUUGCCAGCCCCUGUGAUUCAGCAAAACAUGCAGGGGCAUGUGAUAUGCUCAUGUGACCCUAGACCCCAUCUUGGGCCAGUCAUUUUCCAUGGACAAGGGCUAUUGGCUCUGUUUGGGAAAGUAAAUUACCAUGCACGUGGCAAAGGAUAUAAAAAACACCUGAGACACUUCCUCUACCAAUCACACUACUUACAUAUUUGAAGGGUGUUGUAGUGGAUCGGGCACUGGACUGGGAAUCCGGAGACCUGGUUUAAAUUCUCAGUUCAGCCAGUGACUUUGGACAAGUUAUUUAAUCCAUCUAUAAAAUGGGAAUUAUACCUCACAGGCUGUUGUGGUGAUAAGUUCAUUAAUGCUUUUGAGCCACUUAGAUACUACAGUGAUAAGGGUCAUAUAAUUACAGACAUUAUAAGUGUGUGUAUGUAUAUGUAAUAUGUGUAUGUAAUAAAUAAAAAUUAAUAAAGCAUAAUAUAUUUUCCAGGUUAAGCAGAAUCUCUUUGAUUUUUAAGAAUACAUUUUGCAGUGCUAGGUAACAAGAAAAUACAAAUCCGUAGCAAUCAUGUCAAGAGAAGAUGCAGCAUAUUCUCCCAGUAACUGAAUGUCCCUUUGGAUUGGGUCCCUCACUCCCUACAAUUAAAUUGAAUAGUUGGUCACCAUCUUUCCACAGAUAAAUUUGCAAACUUCUGGUAAAUGAAUUGGUGAAACAGAACUUGAAAAAAUUGGCAACACUGUCAGAUAUAAUGCAUAUUUUUUCUUUUAUACUGUGUCAUAUUUCUAAUGUCCUCUAGCACAAUAUAUAUGUAUGUAUGUAUGCCAAAUCGACUAAAAAUAAUGUUUCCUUUUUUGUGAAAGUAAUUAUAUCUGUCUUCUUCUGAAUGUUCAGUAGCUGUUUCACUUCUAACAUUUCCUUAUUGACUCUACAGGAGAAAUACCCUUAAUUUUGCAAAAUUUUCUACAGCGUAAUUAAGUUCAUCCACUCAUUUUGUGUUGUUACAGAGGAUCUUGAUGAUUUAAGAAUGGAAGGAGUAACCAGUGUGAUGACUUCUGGGAGUAAAUUUAAUCAAACUCGAAGCGCACAUCCUGCUGAACCUCAGGCAAAGGUCACGUUGAACAUCUGCGCAAGACUGCAAGGAGAUAACUUGGCAGAAACAGCAGAGGAUGUCUCACUAGUGUCUCAGACGACCGAGCAAGCGGCAUCAGAUUCCAAUGCUUCAGUGCCUGGGGUGGAAACACUGAUGGAGGAUGCUGAUGAAUUUGAGAGUGCAUCUCAAAUAACAGGACCUCAUCAACCUGUUUGGGACCUGGAUGUCAUGUGCGCCAGAAACGGAGGGUCCCCAAGCCAGAAACUCCUGAAAGACUCCUUAGCUGCAAAAGAACUGCAGACCAUGGAAAAACAUCUAGCUGACAUUGAAAAGGACCUAGCACUCUGGGAAGAAGCAAGUAGUAGUCCACAUAUUAAUUUAGUUACAUCACAUCAACCAGGAAAUCUUCAAGCCACACUAGGCCAAAAUUCAAGGUCUCAAGUUCCAAGUCAAACUGGGAAAAAUAUUCAGCUGCAGCUGCAAGAAAACAAAUCACCGCUUCCUACUAACAGCAGAGCGCAGGUCUCCAGUACCUCAAAUAGUAGGCCUCAGACUUCCAAUAUGCAGAACAACAGGCCUCCAACGCCAUCGACUCCAGGAAGCAGACCUGCAACCCCAAAUAGUUUGUUGCCAAGACCUCAUACCUCUAGCAACCAGGGAAAUAAGGAUGGAAUCCUUAGUAUGCAAAGAAGCAGAUCCUUAACGUCUAAGAGUCAAAUUGGGAGGACUCUUGGCACUCCUGCAGGGCUAGCUGUACAAACGAGUGGAGAUAUUAUAGGAACUGUCCCUCAAAGAAUCAGUUUGUCAGAAGAUGAAUUCUUACAUCAAUUUCAGCUUGCCCACCAACCAUGGAUAUUGCCAAGUGACACAGAGAGUGAAGGUGUGGAAGCAGAUCAAGAUCAAUGUAUGAAUUUAAGGCAAAACCAGUCUCUGCUGCCUCUAUAGGAAACAAUCUGGAUGUAAGGUUUGUGAAAUCAGUGGGAAUAUUGAAGAAUUUAAUUAAAACAAAAUCAUAAUUAUCAAACCUACACCUGAAGAUCUGUUUUAGUUUACGUAUAAUAAUUUUAAAUAGUUAUUUUUAUAAUAUCAACAAUACUUAAAUGGAAUUAUUCUGUGUAGAUGCUGUAAUGCACCGAAUCAGAUUACUAACUAUGGCACAGUGUCCUUAGGUAAAAAAGGUUUACUGUCACUUUUGAAUACAUAGUUAGUAUAAUGUAUUUUGUUUAGUUUAUAUCCCUGUUAUUUUGGAGUGACAUUUGAUAUAUUAAACUUUGCCUGAUCAAAACAAACUUUGCUUAAAGAUUUAUGUAUUUUAACUUGUCUAAGGUUUUCUACUCCUUAUAUUUUUGUAAUCUUUUCUCAUUUUUAGAUUAAUAAACAUUAAAGCAUUCACCCACA